GAAAUUGCGGCUUGGCUAAGAAAAUAGUCAAAGACCCUGUUAUUUCUCCCUCUGCUUGUGUCCAUCGCCGUCUAUUCCCACAUAGUUGGAGCUUAACAUUCCCAAAUGGUUUAAGUUUCCUUUCUGGGUUGUAAGAAGCGCAGCAAGUUCAGAGAGAUCAAACAGAAAAUACCCAGAUACAAUUUAAGGUUCUAAAUAGGAGAACUGGGAAAAAGUAUGAAUCUUUCUACAAGAAUUGCAGGGAAAUUGCCUCUUGCCAGUGCUGGACCAGCCGGUGUUCCUCAGAGAGGCUUGUGCAAGUUGGGGUUUGUUCCAUGUUUGUACCAGAAGAGAAGAUUGGAAGGAGGUUUUCUGAAGAAAAUGGCUUGCAGUAUGCAGAGAUGUGAAGUGGUUGUUGAAAGCAAGUUGAGGUUAGUUUGUCCUGCUACAGAAAUGUAUGCCGAUGAGGCUAUUGAAGCUCUCAAAGCUGGGAAAAUUAUUGCAGUGCCCACUGAUACGCUAUAUGGAUUUGCUUGUGAUGCUUGUUCUUUGGAAGCAGUAAAUAGGAUUUAUGAGAUCAAAGGGCGCAAGCAGACAAGUCCUCUUGCAAUAUGUGUUGGGGAUGUUCCAGACAUAAAGCGGUUUGCUGUGACAGACCAUUUACCUAGUGGCUUACUUGAUUCCCUCCUCCCUGGACCUGUUACUGUUGUAUUACAGCGAGGGGAAUCUAGCAUUCUUGAGAAGUCCUUGAACCCAGGAUUAGAUAGUAUAGGAGUGCGAGUUCCUGACUCUAACUUCAUUAGGAUUAUUUCCCGAGGUUCAGGAAGUGCAUUGGCUCUUACAAGUGCAAACCUAAGUGGGAAACCUAGUAGUGUUUGUAUCAAUGAUUUUGACAACCUGUGGGAACACUGUGCCUAUGUUUAUGACGGUGGUGUGCUUCCAUCAGGUCGUGCAGGAUCAACAAUUGUGGACCUCACUAAGCCAGGGAAGUACAAGAUUCUUAGACCGGGAAGUGCUAAGGAAGAGACUGUUGCCGUUCUGGAAAAGCAUUCUCUAGCUGAAGAAGCAACUUGAGAAAUGUUGCAUCAUUUGUUUGGUCUACUUCUUGCAAAAAAUUGGGUAUUUUGGGGAAUCAGGCAUGCUUUCAUGUUGAUUGAUUGUACUUUUAUUACCAAAAUAUUUCAGAAGCAUUCAGAUGUUCCACUAGCAACUUUGACACAUUCUUCAACGGGAAUUUCGAAUACAUAGUUAGAAGUAGAUGCAUUUUUACUAGAAAUGAUGCUGCUCCUUGUGUAUCAUGACAAGGACUUUUCGGACAUACGGUAAGAUUUACUUUGUAAUGUCAUCUCUGGAGGUUUGGUGGUGGUACUUUUUUAUUAGGUUCCCUUUAGAGGCAUACUCAGAACUUUAUUCAUCAAUUGAUGCCGUAAAAUUUUGGUUUUGAGAAGCUUUUAUAGCAGUUGAGUUUUGUUCCAUAAUGCUUGGGAAUAAAAAUGUCUCAUUCAU